GGAGGGCGGCAUCGUCGAGCAGCUGCAGGGGAUGAUCUCGGGCCUGAUCUCGGAGAUCGAGCGGCAGGUCGCGCGCGAGCCUCGCCCCAAGCGCGGCUCGGCCGGCAACUCGAGCGAGGCGCCCGUCCACUUCCGGAUCUACACGUCCAAGCCGCCCUUCCCGGGCGGGCUGCCGCCGCCGAUCGGCUUGCCCUUCAUGCCCGGCGGCCCCUCGGGCGGCGACGACGAGGACGGCGAGGUUCCCACCCUCGAGCGGCGGCUGCGCGCCGCAGGCCUGCCCGCAGAGGCGGAGGAGGUGGUGACACGCGAGCUGCGGCGGCUGCGCCGGAUGUCGCCGAUGCACUCCGAGUACUCGACGCUCGUCGACUACCUCGAGUGGAUGGCGGAGCUGCCUUGGGCGCCGCCCGAGUCGCCGCAGCCGCCGGUGCCGCUCUCGCAGGCGCGCGCGCAGCUUGAGGAGGACCACUACGCGAUGGACAAGGUCAAGCAGCGCAUCCUCGAGUUCCUCGCCGUCUGCCACUUGCGCGGAGACACCAAGGGGUCCAUCCUCUGCAUGCUCGGCCCGCCCGGCAUCGGCAAGACGUCGCUCGGCAAGUCGGUGGCCGCGGCGCUCGGCCGCCCGUUCCACCGCGUCUCCGUGGGAGGCAUCCACUCCGAGGCGGAGGUGCGAGGCCACCGGAGGACGUACGUCGGCGCGCUGCCCGGCCUCAUCCUGCAGGCGGUCAAGAAGUGCGGCGCCGCGAACUGCGUCAUCAUGCUCGACGAGGUGGACAAGCUCGGUCGCAACUCGUACAACGGCGACCCGUCCUCCGCGCUGCUCGAGGUCCUCGACCCCGAGCAGAACGGCGCUUUCCGCGACCACUUCCUGGCGGUGCCCUUCAACCUGUCGCAGGCGGCCCUUCGCCUCGCCUCCGCAGACGACGGAGGAAUGCACGGCCCAGUGAUCGAGCUGACCGGCUACACCGUCGACGACAAGGUCGCCAUCGCCGCGCGCCACCUGCUGCCGAAGCAGGCCGGCGUGCGCGAGCUCGAGCGCAAGCUGGGCGCCGUUUGCCGCGCGAUCGCAGCAAACCGGGUGCUCGGUCCGCCUCGCUUCGAGCCGCGGCGUGACGUUGCGCGGCGCAUCACGAAGCCCGGCAUCGCGCUCGGGCUCGCCGCGACCGUGUUUGGGGGCGAGACGCUCUUUGUGGAGGUGGAGCAGGUGGCGGGCAAGGGGGCGGUGCAGAUGACGGGCAACAUCAAGGAGGUGAUGCAGGAGAGCGUCAAGGCGGCGCUCACGUGGAUCCGCGCAAACGUGGCCGAGCUCGGCCUGGCCAAGACCGCCUCCGAGGCUCUCCUCAACACCACCGACCUGCACAUCCACUUCCCCGAGGGCGCGACGCCAAAGGAUGGCCCCUCGGCCGGCGUCACAAUCACCACCGCGCUGACGUCCCUCCUCACCGGCCGCCUCGUGCGCAACGACGUGGCGAUGACGGGCGAGAUCACUCUGCGCGGGCUGGUCCUCCCCGUCGGCGGCAUCAAGGAGAAGGUUGUCGCCGCGCACCGCGCCGGCGUCCGCACCGUGCUGCUGCCGCAGGCCAACGAGAAGGACCUACGCGAGCUGCCGCAAAAGGUCCUCGAAGAGAUGCAGUUCGAGCUCGUCUCGGACGUGCGCGAGGUCAUCCGCGCCGCCCUCGUCCCCGCCGACGUCACCGAGGCCGAGGCGGCGGGCAGCGCUAGCGGCGACGGCAGCGAGCCGGCCACCGACGACGGGCGGCAAGUUCCCCUGUCGCACCCGCUGCCGAGCGUACCCACCGGGGUGCCUUGACUCUCGCGGCAAAGUGGGCGACGGAGCCCGGCGCGCCGCCGCAACGGCGAGUCACGGCGAGGGCCUCGUGCCCGCGAGCGCGGGCUCGAGUGCCGCGGCCGAGCCCUCGACAGUCGGAGGCGCGUUGGGCGCAAGAGACGGCUCGCACCAUGUACAAAUCCUCUCUCUCCUCUCUCUCCCGCUCCCUCGCAUUGGACACUUGCGGGGAGCGCUUUUGUGGUGUGAGGGAGUGGGGCGUGGUGUGCACACGCUCUGCCCCCGCGCGCGCACGAAUGGGCGGCGUGAUAUCUAUGUGUGUGCGGUUGUACAAGAAGCCCCGAGGCCGAGCGUGAAAA